AUGCUUUUCGUGAAGAAGAACAUUUGGGACUAUGGGGACAUGGAGAAUAUAUUGAAAAACCUGUCUACUGCUAUGAAGAGUGGAAACGCAGAGGGCGAGGAUUUAUGCAGAAACUUCAAUGGAGGGGAUGAAGCAAAGAAGGAAGCGAACAAAAAAGCAUGUAAAUUUAUUGUUAAGGGUUUAAAGCACAUAGACAACCUCCGGGGGGAUAUUAUUAAUAAGAAGCCUCAGCACAAGGAAAAUGACAAAAUAUUUGAACAAACUAUGGCCUGUCUAAUAUUAAAUGAAUAUGGAAAACUCCUUCAGGAAAAAUGCUCUGCCGUGAAGGACGCGGUAGAGCAGGCCUUUACUGCUGCAGGAAGUCUUCACGGAACUGAAUGUAAAGGGGGUAAAUGUAUUCCAUGUGAGUGGGACGAAUGUAGAAAUUUUAUAAUUGGAGGGAACGACAACCAACGGAAAAGAAUAAAAAAGGAACUCGAAAAGAAUAAAGACAUAACGGACACUUUGGAUAAAAUAUGUCCGGAGGAUGAACAAUCGAAGGGUCCAAAACCUGUAGUGACACCAGCAGUACAUGUUCCAGCAGGGACUGGAGGACACGGUUCAAAAGAUCCUACAUCGAAACGCGCAAAGGACAAAAGCGCCCCUCCUGCUCCAGUCCCACUUGUUCACAAGAUAGACCCUUCCGACCUUCUUCCUUACCUUCCUUUGGCUCCCGUUCUAAUGGGUACUUCUGUCAUGAGUUAUCUCCUUUGGAACUAUUUUGCACAAGAACAACUCCCUGAUCAUGUGGACGAUCAGGAUGAUGAUCCACAUGAAUAUACCUUAGUAAAGGAACGAAAACAACCAAGAUCAACACCACAGAAAAGAGGAAAACAAGUUGGUAAGCGUGCUGGUCGCCGCAUGAUUAUUGAUAUUCAUUUAGAAGUAUUGAACGAAUGUCAAAAGGGUGACACACAACUGGAUCAGGAAGACUUUUUUGAAAUUUUGGUUCAAGAAUUUAUGGGUUCUGAGUUUAUGGAAGAUAAAAAUGUUCCUAAGGAAAAGGUUCCAAGUUCAGAUUCCGGGUUUAGGGAGGAAAGACUUUGUUCCUAA